AUGGAUCAAUUCCUACAAGAACGGAGUCUCACUUCAGUCCCAAAAACGGACCCAACCACGGCGAAGCGAAGGAGGCAGAUCCCAGCUUACCUACGAACACAGGACGUGGACAUGGAGUCGGUAGGAUCUCACGAUCAUCCCGAGAACUGGGAGUAUGACCCGGACGACGUGGGAGCAGUGGGCACCCGGAGGCUAGCUGCAGCCUCUACAGCUGCAUCAACGACACCGCUAGCCGGAACAGCCACGAUCCAGCGGGUUAGGAUCUCGGCUAUCUCAGACCUGAAGGAUUUCACUGGGAAGGACCACGACGAAGAACGCGCACGAGCCUGGAUCAACAAAGUCAAGUCAGCCUUCACGAGGGACCAAGCGUCGGAUGAGGAGAAGUGCCUCACCUUCGCGGAUCUCCUCACAGGCCCGGCCAGAAACUGGUAUCGACAACUGAGCCGGUCGACGCGAACGAAAUGGGCAGACUUGGCGAAGGAAUUUCAGUCACAGUAUUGUCGAUUGGGGGUGUCAGUAGCGUGGCAGUACUACCACGCGCGUAAGCGCGGGGACGAACCUCCGCUGGAGUAUCUACAUCGGUUGAAUGUAGCGGGCAUGCGCGCCCGCGUUAGGAUCAACGACGGGGAUUCCAAGGCUCGUCGCGAGCACGUGGAGCACUUCAUCGAAAUCUUAGGAGACUCUGAGUUUGCAGACCAGCUGACCCUGUUACGGUUGAGGGACGCAGAAGAGCUGGAGGUAGUGCUACGACCGCGAGAGCGAUCGAAGUCUAGACACAAGAAGCCGGCAGGAGGCAGCAAGUUCCGACCGAAGCCAGCAGCGAUGCCGCAGCCGUCGGCACCCGCGCGAGCGGUACGAACAAUGCAUCUACCAGUGUCGGACAGUGAGUCUGACACAGACGAGUCAGGAUCGGAGGGAGAGCUACACCGAGCAUACGUGGCCGCGACAAGAGGAUCGUAA